ACGCUACAAGCUAGUUUAGCGAGCUAACCGGAAGCGACACAUUCAGGCAGCCGGGUAGAAGGAAGGACGGGGGGAGGCUCUGACUGCUCAUUCAUCCUUGUGUUGAGCUAGCUUGAGAACAACAGGCAACCUCAGCUCAGGUGUACCAGGACAUGGCCAGCAGUUCCCCACCAAGCUUCACAUUCCAGGCUAAUGGAGAAGACAACCCGAGGCAGGUGUUGGGCUCCGGGAGCUCAUGUCGUCACCUCUCCGAUUCAGAGUCCGAAAUCUGCCCGACGACGAAGAGCUUAGCUCGGCUGUGCAGUAGGGACAAAGAUGAGCGGGCCACGGCUCUGGAGAAGCUGAGCCAGAAGAUUCUAGAGUGUUUGGAAUUGGACCGGGCCGGUUCGGCUCGGCUCAGCAAACAGACGCUUCUUCAUCUACUCCGGCUGUCCAGGUCGUGUCCCCUUCAGGAGGUUCGGAUAAGGGCCACCGAGCUGCUGUGUAUUGCACAGGAGGAGGGGAUUGAAGUACCUCGAGCCUUGGCUUCUGGUCCAAGUGCUUUCAUUCCUGCAAAAGAGAUGUUGAUAGAAGGGCUAAACCAGGACAUCCUCAUUGAGUCUUUUCUUUCACUGGGUCGAGUCGAUCAUCUCACCAUGGUCAUGGCGCUCCACCCGUCUUAUCUGAGCUGCUUCUUGAGGAUCCAGCAUGCUUUGUUUGAACUGGACGGCCCUUUGCCCCGUGACUGGAGACAUUACGUUUCCGUAAUGGCUGCAGCCCGACACCACUGUUCAUACAUGGUGCAGCAGCACAGCAAGGCUUUCCUGGAGGCUGGAGGGGAAGAGAGCUGGCUCAGCGGCAGCAAGCACGCGCCCGUCAAACUCCGCAGCCUCCACACCCUCAACAAGCUGCUGGCACACCGACCCUGGCUCAUCACACAGCAGCACAUCCAGGAGUUGGUGUGUGCCGGGGCAGAGCCGCGUUGGUCCCUGGCCGAACUGAUCCAUGCCGUGAUUCUGAUGGCACACACUCACUCGCUCUGCUCCUUUGUGUGGGGCUGUGGGUUAAACCCAGAGCCGGACCACAUUGGGGGCUACGCCUUCCAUCCUCCGUCGCCUAGUCACAUUCCUCGCAGCCCUUACAGCCCGGCUCAUGAGGAUGGCAGGCAGGAGCUGGUGGAUGGAGCGGUGGAGGUGGAGGUACUGAUGAAGAGAAUGGUGGAGCUGCAGCAGCAGCAGGAGGAGGAGGAGUGCACACAGGAGGAGAUGGUCACUCGGUUUGAAAGGGAGAGGAGCGAGAGUAUACCAACAGCGGUGGUAAGAGGAGCUCCACCUGAGCUGGUGUUGUGUCUAGUUGAGGAACCUGAGUUCAGAUAUGAGGACUUUGCCCCCAGAGGAGAACAGUCCCCACCCAUCAUGAGAGCACAGGAUUAUUCAUGGGAAGAUCACGGAUUCUCUCUGGUGCAGAGGCUGCUUCCCGACAUGGGUCAGUUCCUGGAUGAGGAAUUUCAGGUUGUGAGCAACUUGACUUAUAACAGGAUGGCCAUGCAUGAAGACGUGGACACUUACACUCUGAGGAAAGCUCUGUGGAACUACAUCCACUGCCUCUACGGCAUACGGUACGACGAUUACGACUACGGCAGUGUCAAUGUUUUAUUGGAGCGCUCUCUGAAGGUCUUUGUUAAAACCAUGGCCUGUCACCCUGAGCAGACCACUGCGAGCACAUACCACGCCUUCUGGAGACACUUCAGACACUCCGAAAAGGUUCACGCCAACCUAAUAGUGAUGGGAGCUCGGCUACAGGCUGCUCUUCUUUAUACUCUGAGGUCGAUAACUGCCUACAUUAAAUGACUUUGUUGCACACCUUCUUGCAGAUGAGCCGCUGUGAUGGAAAAACUUAUUCUCACACACUACAGUGAAUGUUUGCAAAUUCAUAUCGUAUGUUUCAGUGUUAAAUGUUUUUGAUGCUGCUUUGCAAUGUGGAUGUAUUUAAAAAAAUGUUACCUAUUUUUGCACUGAGUAUGUCAGGAUGGAAAUCCCCAAUAGAGCCUUGAGCGUUCUGAUUUAUCUUGCACACAUCUGUAAAAUCUACAUGCUACACUCCUGGUUAUGUCAGGUCAGUUUGUUACUGCAUUAGUAAAUCAUUGAUUUAAAAAGAAAUGUUUAUUUUUGAUGUUUAAUUAACACUCUACUCAGAAAAAAUCAUCAAGAUUCUAGUUACUGUCUUCAGGUAAGCUGAAACUUAAAAUAUCUUGUAUUUUUAUAAGCAAUAAAGAUACUUUAAUGGUGAAAU